CGUUACCCCUAGUUCAGCUGACAGGUCAGGUUCAAGGGAAUGGAAAAGGGGGAAGGAGGAAAAGAGAAGGGGAGUGAGAGAUGAAAGGAAAAAGGAUGAGAGAGAAAGAAAAAGCCUGAGGAUCUCCAUGAAGCGACGCAGCGGGUGAUUAUACUUUUCUUGCGGGAUUUUUUGCUCUUUGGACACCGGGACAUCAUGUGGACGCCGACCGAGGACGAGAAGAUAGGAGUGGUGAUCUGCAACUUCCGGGGCUCCGUGACUCAGGGUCUGGCUCUGGAGGUGGGAGAGACGGUUCAGAUUCUGGAGAAAUGUGAAGGAUGGUACCGAGGAUUCUCAACAAGGAAGCCAAAUGUUAAGGGAGUUUUCCCAGCCAGCUAUGUUCACUUGAAGAAAGCCAUCGUCACCAACAGAGGGCUGCAUGAGACGGUGGUGCCUCUGGAAGACCCCAUAGUUACCGAGGUGACGUCAACCCUGCAGGAAUGGGCCUUACUGUGGAAGCAGCUCUAUGUGAAACACAAAGUGGAUCUGUUCUACAAGGUCCGCCACGUGAUGAUGGAGCUGAUCGACCUGAGGAGGCAGCUCCUGUCCGGCCACCUGACGCAGGACCAGAGCCGAGACGUCAAGAGACACAUCACAGUCAGACUGGACUGGGGCAACGAACACCUGGGUCUGGACUUGGUGCCCAGAAAGGAGUUUGAGAUGGUGGAUGAAGACCAGAUAAGCGUGUCAGAUCUUUAUAAAAUGCAUCUGUCCAGCAGACACAGUGUUCAACAGAGCACCACACAGGGUGACAGCACCCGGCAGAGACACGGGGAGCCGAGUCGAGUUCCAGUACCGCACCACCUGCUGGUCAACCUGAAGAGCUUCACCUACAACAGCAUCGGAGAAGACACAGACAUCUUCUUCUCCCUGUACGACCUGAGAGAGGGGAAGACUAUCAGUGAGAAGUUCAUGGUGAGACUGAACAAGAACGGAGGACCGAAGAAUCCGGAGAAGGUGGACCGGCUGUGUGCCCUCUUCACGGACCUGAGCAACAAAGACAUGAAGAGAGAUCUUUACAUCAUCUCCCAGGUCAUCAGAACAGGUCGUAUGCUGCUGAACGACAGUAAGAAGGGCCCUCCGCAUGUUCAAUACCGCCGGCCGUACGGCUGUGCUGUCCUGGCCAUGAGCGACGUGCUGCAGACCAUCUCAGAGCUCAAAGAGGAGAAAGACUUUGUCCUCAAAGUCUACACGUGUAACAAUGAGAACGAAUGGUACCAGAUCCACGAGAACAUCAUCCGCAAGUCCAGCACCAAGUACACCGCUCCCAGCACCAACUACGGUCUGAUCAUCUCUCUGCAGCUGCUGAGGGGCGACAUGGAACAGGUCCGCCGGGAGAACCCGCUCAUCUUCAGCAGGGGGGUGGCCAUGACACGCAAACUGGGCUUCCCUGAUGUCAUCAUGCCAGGCGACAUCCGUAACGACCUGUACCUGACUCUGGAGCGGGGGGACUUUGAGAGGGGAGGGAAGAGCGUUCAGAAGAACAUUGAAGUCACCAUCUACGUGCUCUACGCUGAUGGGGAGAUCCUCAAGGACUGCAUCAGUCUGGGCUCAGGUGAGCCCCCCGUGCCGGAGCACCGCUCCUUCGUGCUCUACCACAACAACAGCCCCCGAUGGAGCGAAGUGAUCAAACUGCCCAUUCCCAUCGACCGCUUCAGAGGCUCCCACCUGCGCUUCGAGUUCCGACACUGCUCCACGAAGGACAAAGGAGAGAAGAAGCUGUUUGGGUUUUCCUUCACUCCUCUGAUGAGGGAGGAUGGAACCACUCUUUCAGACGAGAGCCAUGAACUCUACGUUUACAAGUGUGAUGAGAACACCACCUUCAGUAACCACGCCCUGUACCUGGGCCUGCCCUGCUGUAAAGAAGACUUCAACAGCUGUCCCAGCAUCCCCUCCAGCCUCAUCUUCCAGCGCAGCGCCAAGGAGACCUUCUGGAUCGCCACGCAGCUCUCCUCCACCAAGCUCACUCAGAACGUGGACCUCCUGGCCCUGCUGAAGUGGAAGGCCCACCCGGACCGGGUCAUGGACAUUCUGGGCCGGCUGCGACACGUCAGCGGAGAGGAGAUAGUCAAGUUUCUCCAAGACAUUCUGGACACAUUAUUCUCCAUCUUGGAUGACAACACGGACAAAUAUGGACCACUGGUGUUCCAGUCAUUGGUGUUCAUUAUAAACCUUCUCAGGGACAGUAAAUACUACCACUUCCGGCCCGUGAUGGACACAUAUAUCCAGAAGCACUUUGCUGGCGCGUUGGCUUACAAGGAGCUGAUCCGCUGUCUGAAGUGGUACAUGGACCGCUCGGCAGAGGUGGUGAGACAGGACCACAUACAGGAAGCAAUGAGGGCCCUGGAGUAUCUGUUUAAGUUCAUCAUCCAGUCUCGGAUCCUUUCAUGCGAACGGUCCCGGGCCACAACUGAAGGCAGGGGACCACAUUUCCAAGGGGACACCAGCAUCCAGGAACUCUUCCAGUCCAUCCGCUUAAAGCAACAAAAGAGUGACGUCCUCUCAUUCUCUUCCCUCCCUCGUCUUCCUCAGGCCGCCCUGUUGAACUCCUUUCCAGCGAUCUUCGACGAGCUGCUGCAGAUGUUCACAGUGCAGGAAGUGGCGGAGUUUGUGCGCGGCACUCUGGGCAGCAUGCCGUCCACGGUGCACAUAGGACAGUCCAUGGAUGUGGUCAAGCUGCAGUCCAUAGCCCGGACGGUGGACAGCCGGCUCUUCUCUUUCCCAGAGUCGCGAAGGAUCCUGCUUCCUGUGGUUCUGCAUCACAUCCACCUCCAUCUGAGGCAGCAGAAAGAGCUGCUCAUCUGCUCUGGAAUACUCAGCUCUAUUUUCUCUAUCAUCAAGAGCAGCUCAAUGGACACGUCGGUGCAGGAGGAGGUGGAGAUGAUGGUGGAGUCUCUGCUGGACGUCCUCCUGCAGACCCUGCUGUCCAUCAUGAGCAAGAGUCAAUCGCAGGAGGCGGUAAGGGGUCAACGCUGUCCGCAGUGCACCGCGGAGAUCACUGGAGAGUACGUGUCCUGCCUGCUGUCCCUCCUCCGCCAGAUGACCGACAUCCACUUCCAACACCUGAUAGAAAACUUUCAGAGCAAGGAGGAGCUCAAGGAGUUCCUGUUGAAGAUUUUGUGCGUGUUUAGGAAUCUGAUGAAGCUGAGUAUUUUCCCUCGCGACUGGAACGUCAUGAGGCUCCUCACCAGCAACAUCAUCCUGACGACCGCUCAGUACCUGUCUCCUGCUCUGCACAAGAACUUCACAGAAGCCGAAUUUGACUUUAAGGUGUGGAACUCCUACUUCAGUCUGGCGGUACUGUACAUCAACCAGCCCAGUUUACAGUUGGAAAAUCUGAGUCCUGCUAAAAGGAAGAAGGUCUUAGACAAGUACGGAGACAUGAGAGUGAUGAUGACCUACGAACUGUUCAGUAUGUGGCAGAAUCUCGGUGAGAAUAAGAUCCAUUUCAUCCCUGGUAUGAUCGGCCCGUUCCUGGGAGUGACGCUGGUUCCUCAGGUGGAGGUGCGGAACAUCAUGAUCCCCAUCUUCCACGACAUGAUGGACUGGGAGCAACGCAAGAACGGAAACUUCAAACAGGUGGAGGCCGAGCUGAUUGACAAGCUGGACAGUUUGGUGUCCGAGGGGAAAGGGGAUGAGAACUACAGAGAGCUCUUCGGUUUGCUAACCCAGCUGUUUGGGCCCUACCCCAGUCUGUUGGAGAAGAUCGAGCAGGAGACGUGGAGAGAGACGGGGAUCUCCUUCGUUACCUCCGUCACACGGCUGAUGGAGCGACUGCUGGACUACAGGGACUGCAUGAAGGGAGAUGAGACGGAGAACAAGAAGAUUGGCUGCACGGUUAACCUCCUGAAUUUCUACAAGUCGGAGAUCAACAAGGAGGAGAUGUACAUCCGCUACAUCCACAAGCUGUGUGACAUGCAUCUACAGGCUGAGAACUACACCGAGGCUGCGUUCACUCUGCUGCUGUACUGGGAGCUGCUGCACUGGGACCAGAGGCCUCUGAAGGACUUCCUGCAUUAUCCCGCUCAGACCGAGUGGCAUCGCAAGGAGGGGCUCUGCCGCAAAGUCAUCCACUACUUCAACAAGGGGAAGUGUUGGGAGUUUGGCAUCCCUCUGUGCAGGGAGCUGGCCUUCCAGUAUGAAUCACUGUACGACUACCAGAGCCUCAGCUGGAUACGGAAAAUGGAGGCUGCAUAUUACGACAACAUCAUGGAGCAGCAGCGUUUGGAGCCGGAGUUCUUCAGGGUUGGAUUCUACGGCAGGAAGUUCCCCUUCUUCCUCAGAAACAAAGAGUUUGUCUGUCGCGGACACGACUACGAAAGGCUAGAGGCCUUCCAGCAAAGGAUGCUGGGAGAAUUCCCGCAGGCCAUUGCGAUGCAGCACCCCAAUCAGCCCGACGAAGCCAUUCUGCAGUGUGAAGCACAGUACCUGCAGAUCUACGCGGUGACUCCGGUGCCGGACAGCGUCAGCGUCCUCCAGAUGGACCGAGUCCCCGAUCGCAUCAAGAGCUUCUACCGGGUCAACAACGUUCGGCGUUUCCGAUACGACCGGCCCUUCCACAAAGGCCCCAAAGACAGAGACAAUGAGUUCAAGAGUCUUUGGAUCGAGAGGACAACACUGAUCCUCACUCACCCUCUGCCUGGUAUCUCACGCUGGUUCGAGGUGGACAAGAGAGAGCUGGUGGAGGUGAGUCCGUUAGAAAACGCCCUCUCCGUGGUGGAGAACAAGAACCAGGAGCUGCGGACCCUGAUCGGCCAGUACCAGCACAAGCAGCUGCACGGCAACAUCAACCUGCUCAGCAUGACGCUGAACGGAGUCAUCGAUGCCGCCGUGAACGGCGGCAUUGCCAGAUACCAAGAGGCUUUCUUCGAUAAGGAGUACAUUACGAGCCACCCUGAAGACACAGAGAAAAUCACACAGCUCAAAGACCUGAUGCAGGAGCAGGUUCACAUCCUCGGAGUUGGCCUGGCCAUGCACGAGAAGCUGGUGCACCCUGAAAUGCGUCCCCUGCACAAGAAGCUGAUCGAUCAGUUCCAGAUGAUGCGGAGCAGCCUCUGCCACGGUCUGCCCGGGUUGGAAAAGGCCGGUUCAGGAGCCAACACUCCCAGAGGGAUCCUGGCCUCUCACAGCCCCAUGAGCCCCGAGAGCUUCAAACUCAUUCACCAACACAGUGCCAUAGCUGUUUUGACUCCGGUGCGCAACUCCUCCUCCUCUCUCUCCUCUCACAACUCCAGCGAGACAGGAAACGUCGGCAGCCUGCUGAUCCUGGCUGACGGCAUGGUGGUGGAGCACCCUGAGGACUUCUACCGCAUGCAGGCGAGCCCCUCCUCCUCCAGCCUAAGCUCCACCCACUCCGCUCCCUCUCAGAUGAUUAACUCCGCCCCCUCCACCAUCAGAGUUGGCUCUCCUUCUCUGCCGGGCAAAUACAGACACAACAGAGAGAUGCUGAUGCUGCUGCCGCCACACAGAGAGAGACCGAGCAGCGCCAUGUACACCAACAUCACUGAGAAUGGACAGCCGACGAACUUCCAGCGAGCGUUGUUCCAUCAGGUGAUCGGUCCAUGCAAACCCUGCAGUGACCCUAACCUCUCCGUCGCUGAGAAAGUCCUAACCACUCCCAGCAGUUGGAGUUUGGACAGUGGUACCAGAGAAGCCCUCCCGUUCCUCUCCGCUCAUGUCGGCAGUGUCAUGGCGCCUCCGGUUCCCCCACGCAACCUGCCUCACGGGCAACACCUGUCGAUGCACUUUGACGCUUUCCACCACCAGGUCAGCGACCUCCCUCCAGCUCUCCCCGCGCGCUCCUUAAGAAAGUCUCCCCUGCACCCUAUACCUGCCUCGCCCACCAGUCCACAGUCCAUCCUGGAUGGCAGUAGCUCCACCCUGUCGGGCAGCGCCAGCUCCGGAGUCUCCUCCCUCAGCGAGAGCAACUUCGGCGGCCCCCCCUCCACCUCCGACCGCCCGGCCAGCCGCACCGACACCCUGGAGUCCGUCCCCAGCAGCCAGGCCUGGACCACGGACCAGGAGGACUUGGACUCGCCCUACCAGCCCGUCAGGUACAGCCUCUCGGAGCCUGAGGUCCUGGACGGAGUCAAGCCCCCGCCCUGCCGCAGCCACUCCGCCCCGGGAGGCGUCACCCCGGCUCAGGCAGGCGGACAAAUCCAGCUCCAGGCUCCGGGUCCGGCCUCCACCGGUGCUCCACAACAACACCACCAGCAGCAGGACGGGCUGCUGCACCCCCAACACCUCUACUACUACCACCACCACCACUUCCACCCGCACUACCUCCCCCACCACCCGCCGCUCUACCACCUCCACGAGCCGCCGCCGGCGCUGCCGCCCAAACCCUACCUCAGGGAGGGCUGCAUCCCCGAGGAGGACCCCCCGAACAGCACGCAGUCGGCCCCGGCCCCUCCCGCCCCCCGGCCCAUGCCACGCAAGAUCUCCCAGCCCAUCAUCGCCGCCACCAAGGACGAGCAAGCCAAGGUGGCGUGGGAGCACGGCGUCAGCGAGGAGUGA